GAAACAAAAGCGCGAGCCGUGUCCGACCAGUCGACCAGUAGUGCUUGGAUAAGUUUUCAGCACCACAGACCAGAGAACAGUAACAGUCACAGGCGCGCGACAGUCCUAGUGCCAUGGAGCCGUCCACUGCCCCUGGUGCUGAACCGGCUGAUUUCGACAUGUACUCGGUGAUUCCGUUCAAUGUCACCUACCCGGACGACGAGAUGGGGUUCGUGCCCAACGGGGAAAACUACACCCAGCAGCUCCCGGUUCAGAGCGCCUCCAAUAUUAUAGUAGCCAUCUCCAUCACCGCGCUCUACUCGGUUAUCUGCGUGGUGGGAUUGCUCGGGAAUGUCCUUGUAAUGUACGGGGUGGUGAGAUACACCAAGAUGAAGACAUCCACCAACAUCUACAUCUUUAACCUGGCUCUAGCUGAUGCCCUAGCCACCAGCACACUGCCCUUCCAGAGCGCCAAGUACCUGAUGGGGACCUGGGCCUUCGGAGAGGUCCUCUGUAAGGUGGUCAUCGCCAUCGACUACUACAACAUGUUCACAAGCAUCUUUACCCUGACCAUGAUGUCUGUGGACCGCUACAUUGCUGUGUGCCACCCAGUGAGAGCCCUGGAGUUCAGGACGCCCGCCAAGGGUAAGAUCAUCAACGUUCUGAUCUGGGUUCUGUCCUCUGCCAUCGGAGUGCCCAUCAUGGUCAUGGCGGUGACCAAAACAACAGACAGUGGUGAGAAAACAAUGUGUACACUGAAGUUCCCCGACCCUGACUGGUACUGGGAUACAGUCACUAAGAUCUGCGUUUUCAUCUUUGCCUUCAUCAUCCCUGUCAUGGUCAUCACCAUCUGCUAUGGUCUGAUGAUACUGCGUUUGCGCAGCGUCCGUCUGCUCUCCGGCUCUAAGGAGAAGGACCGCAACAUGCGCCGCAUCACCCGCAUGGUCCUCGUGAUUGUCGCGGCCUUCAUUGUCUGCUGGACGCCCAUCCACAUCUUCAUCAUCAUCAAGACUCUGGUGGAGAUCGACUCUGGGAACCCCUACGUGAAAGCCAGCUGGCACCUCUGCAUUGCACUGGGCUACAUGAACAGUAGUCUCAACCCUGUUCUCUACGCUUUCCUGGACGAGAACUUCAAGAGGUGCUUCCGGGACUUCUGCCUGCCCUGCCGGACCCGCGUGGAACGCAACUCCCUCAACAGGGGUCGGAACGCCAACCGGGAGCCCGUGUCCGUCUGCGCUCCGACUGUAGCUGGGACGGAAAGGAAGCCCGUAUGACUAGGCAUGGACCAGAUCCCUCGUGGUUCUCGAUCCAGGAGGGUCCAGCAAGACCUGCAGUCUGAGAUCACCCAGAUCUCCACAACGGAAUUCUGACAGGACAAACAAUGAUUUAGUCAGACUCACACAGAGGUGUCAGUAAAGGAGGUUCCAAAACACACCAUACCUUCUUUUUUUUUAGACCUCAUCUUCGACAUUCCUACCAGUGAGAUUUAGGAACUCUCUUUAUUGUAGCUCAGAAGUAGAGAGAUUCAAUUCUUCAUCAUAAAUCGUUUUCAAUAAAACUCUACACACAUCUCUGUGAAGGUUCUAUCUAGAGACAAUCUGCGAAGGUGCCAGGCCUUUUUGAGUAGUGAAUUUCUGGUUUAUGACAAAUGGAUGUCUGGCUGCAGAGUGAAUACACAGGAUGUUGUCAAGGACAGUGGUCCAAAGUAUACGACAUGGUUUUGUCAACAAGUCAUCCCUGUUUGUGACUGAUGACAAGCUGCACACAUAUGGGACUGGGGUUGUUUUGAAAAUAAGACAACAGGGUAAGGGAAACCACUGAAUGAGUAGAUAUGUAGACAUCUGAAAUGAGGACGUUUGACCCAGGAGGGGUUGGAGAAAACACCCAACACUGUUCAGUGACAAUGACAGUUGUUACAGCUGACGGACUUCGCAAAGAUUCAAAAUGCUAAGCAGUGGUCUAUUUUUUAUCUCAUGUACCAGAGACUGCAUCAUCCAUCUUGAAGUAGUGUGAAUAGACAAGACAGGCUGUAGCAUGGGUACAGUACACUGUGAGUGGGAUGUCAAUGCUCCUGGCUACAGUAGCCUUGUGCUUUGACAAACUGAGAAAGUGGAGAAGCAUGGAUGUCCAACCUUUGUUUAUCAGACCUUUCUGUUCUCUGGGAAGCAAGCACCUGUAAACUAACAUCGAUGAUGAAUUUUCAAAGAUUGCUGACGCAUAUUCCAUCACGCUUGACUAAGAAAAAAAAGUUAUUUUCUACUUUCCAUCUACAAAAGGCAAAACAAAUACAUUGCACGCGCCACAGAGGAAGAAGAAACUACAGAUCCAUUGUGACAGGUUGGAUGAUGGAUGAAAACACACUUUAGUGCAAUGCACUGGGGCACGAGACACUGAAACAAAAUGGGAAAAUGGGGCUGAUAGCUACAUGAAUCUGCAAACAAUGGAAAUCUACCACAGAGCUCUGUGCCUGCCUGUGCUCCACUGCUGUACCAUAGAAUUUCCUCCCAGACACCUCGGCUCUCGGCUACAAACCUAAUAGACUUUCAUAGAUCGGAGCAGAGAGGUAGAAGGGACCACUGAGAGGAAUAACUAGAACACUGAGGGUGGAGGAGCAGAACAGCCUAAUCUAGAUCUACACUCUGUGUGAAUGCAUUACUACUCUGAUGAAUGUAAAAAUGAAACAACAACAGCAAAACAACUUUAAAAAUGACAAGCCUGAAGAGUAUGGCGGCUUGUGAGACCAAGACAACAAACCUCUUGAGAAUCACUGAGCAUGUACAUAGCUGAACCAAGUGAGAUUUGGAAAGGACUUUUACUAUCUGUUUUACUGUGUAAUUGGAGAAAAACAUUAUGUCAUUUUGCAAAUUAAAUCGAUGGCAGAUUAGAGAGACUUAACUAUGGCAUUAAGUCAUGAUAAGAUUCCUAAGAAAGAUGAUGACAGCGCUCAAUUUUACCUUGAGGGCUUCAACUAAUUAUAGUGAUUAAGAUUAAAAUUAUCCUUCAUAUUUCAUAGGCUGUAGGCUAUAAUUUAUGACUUUAUUAUAGGGUAUAAAUUAUCCCGGUAACCUUGCAAAACAUCAAUGCUGAUGAAAGAUCAAGCCUGUAAAUCGUUCCAUAGAUUGCAACCCACAUGGCACCCUAUUCCCUAUAUAGUGCACUACAUUUGACCAAGUAGUGCACUAUGUAGGGAAUAGGGUACCAUUUCAGAAGUAGCUAUAUUUUUUACUGACCUUGGGCAUGAUGCUAUGUCAUGAACCACUAUGACAAGCCCAAAAAUGUGGACGAGAGGUUUGUGAAUCGUUUUGCAUAAUGAUACUAGCUAGCACAGACUACAGAUGAAAAGAGAAUAUAAUUAAUUACUGUUUAUGUCGAUGUCAGUUUAGAUGACAUAGUCUAACUAUUAAUGGUUAGAUGUUAACAUUUUGGCAUAUUUCUAAGAAGAUGAAUGUGCAUGUCUGUGGAAAUACUGAAGUCAGAAGGAUGCAACAUGUACCACAACAUUGUAGUUUGCUGAAGGUAAGGAAACCAAAAUCAGUUCCAAACUAAAAUCACUUAACGUGACUUUGUAGAUAUAGAUAUUCUCAGAACUCCAACAUAUUAUUUACGUAGUUGGCUAACUUUUUCAGUGACAGGUGAAACUAACUGGCUUCCGUUUGUGUAUGUGAUUCUGUAUGCUGUUUUGAUGAUGACUAUCGCUCCAUUUUCACAGUGAUAUUUGAUUAAAUAGCUGUAUGCUUUAUUAGCUACUGUACUGCAUAACUGCUGAGGCUAGUCUUACAUAAAAAAAGAAAAUAAGAGAGAAACAGAUUAAGUCCCAUUUAUAGAAUGAGAUUAUUUUCAUCCCGUAUCUUCAGUAUAUGUCCUGGCAGUGAGUGAAAAUGCUUCAGGUCUAAUAACACAGACUGCUGAAUUAUUUACGGCCGAAUCCGUUUCUGCUUUUUGUUCUCUUUGCUUUUGUCAGUAUUCCUGACAGACACACUUCAUAUUAUUAUGUGGAUCUAAAAGGAUGUAUUUACAUGGCUUCUACAAAGAGAUAUAGUCUAUUCAAAUGUGGAACAGCCUUCACAUUAUUAUGUAUAACAGAUGUGAUAUUGAUUACAUGCAUUAGCUUUGCAAACAAGCUCAAAUCGACAGGGUAGAGAUGUUUAAGUACUGUACUCCAGUGUAACAAUGCUCACAACUUCUGUAAAUGAAUUGUACAUCUAAAUAUGGUUUUACCACCCUUUAAUACACAGUAGGACCAUAAUGGUAAAAGGUACAGUACAGUACAUCAAACUGACAAAUGCCACAAAAAUAGAAAAUGACCACUUAGCCACCCAUUUUUACUAGAGCAACAGUUGCUAAUAGCCUACUAUAACCUUUUUGCCUCUGAGUGUCUGUUAUAGAACGAUGGAUUUUAUAUUGAUCAAGGCUAACUCCCACAUAGUAUUUCUCGGAACCGCUGUCAAUAGCUACAAUACUGCAAUACAAUUGUAACUUUCCUUUCUCUUGUCAUGUGUGUCACACUUUGUGUUGAAUAUCUAAUUUCAUUAUUUAACAAUCUAUCAUUCAUGGUUUUUAUACUUAUACACUGAGUGUACAAAACAUUAAGGACACCUUCCUAAUAUUGAGUUGCACCCCCCCCCCCCCCCCCCACCCCCUUGUUGACCCCAAGGCCUGUGCUGGCCUGUGUUGACUCCAAUGCUUCCCACAGUUGUGUCAAGUUUGCUUGAUGUUCUUUGGGUGGUGGACCGUUAUUGAUACACACAGGAAACUGUUGAGGAUGGAAAACCCAGCAGCAUUGCAGUUCUUGACACAAACCAGUGUGCCUGGCACUUACUACCAUUCCCCAUUCAAAGGCACUUAAAUAUUUUGUCUUGCACAUUCACCAUCCGAAUGGCACACAUACACCAUGCGUGUCUUAAUUGUCUGAAGGCUUGAAAAUCCUUCUUUAACCUGUCUCCUCCAUUCAUUGACAUUGAUUGAAUUGGAUUUAACAAGUGAUAUCAAUAAGGGAUCAUAGCUUUCAACCGGUGUCACCUGGUCAGUCUACAAUAUGUCAUGGAAAGUGCAGGUGUCCUUAAUGUUUUGUACACCCAGUGUAUUUUGGUAAAGCGUUAUAUAAAUAGUCAAUGUGCAGAUGUUCAACAAACUAGCUGUAGACUAUCAGCAGGAUAUCAACAGUAUGUUUUUAGCCUAUAGAUUCACUAUUUAAUCCAAAUAUAGCUUUACCUCUUUUUUUCUAGCACUGUUCUUCUGCCCUGCUUUGGAUAUUGCAGUUAGGGAAUUUUGUCAUUUUUAUGAAUUAAUAUACAUUUAUAAGUAACUCCUUUAAAGACUAUUGAAUACUGGAACAUUUCUGUAAAAUGUAUACAAAAAGCUGUAUGUUUGCUUAUAUUCAAUGUAUUGCCAGAGACUGUAAGGUAUUUGUGCUAGUCACACUUGAACCCAUCAUGAUUAACUUUACAGUGCUCAUGCAGUGAUUCUUAUAGUUUAUAACUUACGCUAGCUAGAUGAGUAUCUAUUGUAAAAUGCAUUGAUGAAUUAACAGCAAGCCAAGAUGUUUUACAAGAAGCUUCUCGGAUUGUUGAUUAAAACAACAACAAAAAUCAAUAAAAUGAACA